UUGUUAUUUCAAUUUCAUUCACCACAAAAGAAUUUUUUAUUUCACUGAUUAAUAAUCAACAAAACUAAUGUUAAUUUUUGUUGACUAUGAAAGAAGAAGUUUAGUUGACUUUCUAGAAGAAGGCAAGAAGCAGACCGGAUUACCUAAAAAUCCGAUCAACUUACACAUCAUCUCAUCAAUCCAACGGCCACCAUUAAAUGUCACACAGUCCCCAGAACAAAUUAAAUUAAAUUAAAAAAAAACCGUGCGUCGAAUGAUUCAACUACCCAAAAAUAAAAAAUAAAAAUAAAAAAACACAAUCUGCAAUCCAAAAAAGACAAUUCCGAAAACAUGCGUGUGGUUCGGAUAGAUCUCAAGAUUCUUCUAUCUUAACUCCUCGAUCUCUCUCUCUCGUCUUCGGUAAGAGAUUCUCAUCUCCCAGCUUUGUUCCUUACUCUCUGAAGUUUAGAUUCCAACGAUGAUCCUUGAUCGAUUGAAUUCAUUUUGUCUCCUUGAUCCUCUCUGAUUCCUCCUCACUAAGUAUGUAAUUUGAGUUGUGUUCUUUGAUUGUAAAGUUUGUUACUUUUAAUCGUGAAAAGUCAUGUUUUUGCUCGGCAGAGACUGUUGAUCUGAAGCUAAGCUCUGAUGGGUUCUGUAAUGAGCUUAAGCUGUUCCAAGAGGAAAGCAACGAGCCAAGACGAGGAACCCUCAAACUCAUCUCGCAAAAGACGAAAGUUAUCCUCUUCAAACCAUGAAGAAGACUACAACUGCAGAUUGAUUCCUAACCUCCCUGAUGAGCUAUCUAUACAGAUUCUCGCUAGGCUCCCAAGAAUCUCCUACUCGAGCGUUCGGCUUGUCUCACGGAAGUGGAGAACAGCUGUAUCCACCUCCGAGGUCUAUGCUUUGAGGAAAGAGCUUGGUAUAACCGAGGAGUGGCUCUACGUGCUUACCAAAGGCCAAGAUGAUAAGCUUCUAUGGUACUCUUUGGAUCCUGUCUCCACUAGAUGGCAGAGACUGCCUCCAAUGCCUGUUAUCGUCUACGAAGAGGAGUCUAGAAGAAGCUCAUGGAAUCUCAAAGUCGGUGAGAUUGUGAGGAGCUUGCUCGGUAGAAGAGAUGCUUCCGAGCAGAUGCCGUUCUGUGGAUGCGCUAUUGGUUCUGUCGACGGGUGUCUCUACGUUCUAGGAGGUCUGUCCAAGUCUAAAACCGUGAGCUGUGUGUGGAGAUUCGAUCCUAUUGUUAACUCGUGGAGCGAAGUGAGCUCUAUGCUGGCCAACCGUGCUUACUCCAAAACAGGAGUGUUGGACAAGAAGCUCUACGUUGUUGGAGGCGUUGACCGUGGACGUGGAGGCUUAUCUCCUCUUCAGACAGCUGAGGUUUACGACCCAACCACCGACGUUUGGUCUGAAGUCCCUAGCAUGCCUUUCACUAAGGCCCAAGUGUUGCCUAACGCGUUCUUGGCUGACCUUCUGAAGCCCAUCGCCACGGGGAUGACUUGUUACAACGGUAGGUUAUGCGUGCCUCAGAGUCUUUACUCGUGGCCUUUCUUUGUGGACGUUGGUGGUGAGGUUUAUGAUCCUGAGACUGAGCUCUGGGGGGAGAUGCCGUCUGGGAUGGGUGAAGGCUGGCCCGCGAGGCAGGCGGGGACGAAGCUGAGCGUUGUGGUGGAUGGGGAGCUGUAUGCUUUUGAUCCUUCUAGCUCGAUGGAGAACGGGAAGAUUAAGGUAUAUGAUCAGAAGGAAGAUGCUUGGAAAGUUGUUAUAGGGGAAGUGCCUGUUUAUGACAUGACGGAUUCGGAGUCUCCUUAUUUGCUUGCUGGGUUUCAUGGGAAGCUUCAUUUUAUUACUAGAGAUCAUAACCGUAACGUUACGGUGUUGAGAGCUGAUGUGCCUGACGUAUCAGGCUCUAGCUCUAGCUCUAGCUUCAAGUGUGUUGUGGGUUCAGGUUCUUUGAAGGAGAAGGGUGAUGCAGUUAACAAGUCAGAUACUGUUAUUUGGAAGGUUAUUGCAAGUAAGGACUUGGGUGCUGCUGAGCUUGUUAGCUGCCAAGUUAUAGAUAUUUGAAAAGCAACAUUGACACUGAGAAAAUCUUGUGUGUACAGCCAAAGUGUGAAGGUUUAUGAUAUGUUAUUCGCAAAGAUAUUUUUUUAUAAGUAUAAUUCUUCAAUUAUGAUAUACAGAUUCUGUAUACUUCUAGCUUUGGCUGUGGCAUGUAAGCUUGAGCAAUAAAAAGUUGUGUAACAAUAUAUAGAUAUGGUCACUGUUUUCUUGAUUU